UCCCAAUGCGGACAAGCCCCGGAGCAGGCAGCGGGGCGGGGAGGAAGCGCGUGGGCGCAGAGGCGCGCCCGCAGCAGGCCGCUGUGAGCGUCGAGCUGUCGGGGGUUGCGGCUCCACGUCAGCCCGAGCCACCGGCUGAGAGCGCUUGUCACCGCUCUCCCCUCCCCCCACCCCGGCCCAUCUGCCCCAUCCCCUCUAGGGAAGGGCCGGAGCUGACCUGCCGGGGGGUUUCCGCUCGGCUCCGGUCACUGGCGGGCGGCGGCGAAGAGGAAGCAGCAGCGGCCGCCGCAGUCUCUACUCGGGCUCCUCCGGGCUCCCAUCACCUCCGCCCGGGGCCCGGCCUGACGACGCCGUUACCAGGACCUCCCGCCCCCUCGAGGAAGUCAACAAACCCCUCACGUGACCCCAAUGUCGCUCUCCCGAAGGGCACCGGCGGGUCCCGGAAGACGACAGGGCGGGACUACACCUCCCGGCAUGCAGUGCGCGAGCGGGACGUGAGGGAAGCUGCUGCUUGUCCAAUGAGCAUUUUACAGAUCACACAGUGGAACACGGUAUACUAAUAGAGACUGACACAACAAAUGAACUGAAAAAGAGCGUCCAUACUAUGCAACAAAACAAGCUGC